UGCAAUUAUUCGACCAAUUUUUCGUAGUGCGGUCGAGGUCGGCACGUCUUCCGCUCCCUGUGUGGUGGUGACCACUUGAUGUCCAUUUUUAGACACGUUUAAAUUAAUCGUCGAAAUUGCAAUUGUAAUGAUUGAUGUUACAAACUCAUGAAAUUUUUGGAAGAUUUAUGGUAGCAAAUACAUAUAUGAAUAUUUUAUAACUUUUAUAAAAUAACUGAUAAUGCUUUGUAUAAAUAUACGUCCAUAAGAACCGCUUAUCGCUUUAACGUGGGAUUGAAGAAUGUUUGGAUCAAUACUGAUUAUGUUCUGUCAAAUAGUACAGGAAGGUACUGCAGUAUUGGUCCCAAUGCUAAGUCGUAUUGUAUACUAAUCGCAACGCUUGUACAAGUUUUGAUGCUAUAUAAGCUAUAGGUACAGAUCUAACCAAAUUUUAUUGUAGCCGAAAAUGAUUUUUAUUUUCAUAAAAUAUUUCAUUUUACAUACGGAGCACAUGCUUAUACAUGAGUAGAAUUUGAUAAAGCGUUUUGAUACUAUGCAUUUAUAUACACGUAAAUCCUAAAACAUAGAUCUGAUUAUUACUGUAAUUGUAUGUGUACUAGUCCUUUAUAUAUAUAUAUAAUAAUAGAUUAUUCUAAAUGUCUAUCAUAUUCAUUAUUCAUAUCACAUUAGGUAUCUAACCAUAUAAUGUUUUAAUUAACUUAACCAAUAGAACAAACUUAUUAUUAUAAUUGAUUUGUGUAUUGACGUACUCUUAAGAAAUUUUAACACAUUAAUGUGGUUGCACUGCAGUGAAUUGAUAGUUUUAUGUACAAACACACAAACUUUGUGAAUAUGUGUCUAUGUAAUAAUCGUAAUCUUGUAAUCUCUGGAUGUUGUAUCAGUGUAACUUACGGAUCUUAUAGUAAUUGUAAGUGUAAGACAUACGUAAUGUAUCAUAUCAUAUUAUUAAUGUAUAAUUGUUAUGGAAAAAUAAUCUCUAUUAUAAGUGCAUAAGGCAGUAUUUAGAAGCCCGAAUGUGGUCUCUCGGAAGGGGAAUUCAGUCGAGCCCAAUUUGGUAACUAACUCAUUCGUGAUUUAUCUUGUUUUCUGUUUUAUUUUGCAUGUACUGUCACCCAGUAACAUAGUAUUAUAUGGUUGAAGUAGACUUAGAUAUAUGUCUAAAUUAAAGUGUUUUUAAUUAGUUGAACCUGCUAGAGGAUCUUAUUUCUUUUUUUUCUUAUUUUUCGUUUCUCGUAUUGUGGUAUUUUCUGUUACUUUUGGGUACUUUUUAACCUUUCCAGGCACGCAAAUUUUAUGUAGCAUGCGUUCCCCGCUCUGAGUGUUCUUAAUUUCUUCAAAGCAGUAUACAGAUGGUGGUUUAAAUUCGUUUUGAUUGUUGUUGUUUUUAGUUUUAUUUUCAUCUGAAUUCUGUUUUGAUAUAACCUUUUUAAUGACAACUUUCGACUGUCGACUAAUACUGUUAUAUUAAUUAAAUUUUCGAGUGGUAUCUUUAGGAGCGAGAUUUGUAAAGUUAAAAACAUUGAAAAUAGAUUCUUUAUACAUAAAAGUGUAGUACAUAGCAACUUAUCCUCAUCAUGUAAAUACCUGUUAAUAUCUGUUCAUUUCCAAUAAAUAAAUAUUUGAAGUAUAAAUCAGUUUAAAUACACAUAAAAAAGAAAAGAAAGUCGGUGUGCGACUGAGCUAUCGGCCAGCACUGAUCGUCAGAUUUCUCUUGUAUAAUCUAUUUAGUAUAAUCCCGGAGAUCUUACGUCCGAGUUGUAUUUAUUGUCAGAAAGUUAAAUGAAACCUCAUCAACAUCUCGCUCUUGAAGUCCUCGGUCCCUACUUCUACACGAUCGUAGUCGAAAGUAGUCGCCAUAUAACGUGCAGCAGGUGGUAUAGCGCGCAUUGUAUUGCAGCGCCUACAAGGCGGAGAAGCGCGCGGGGCGCGGGCGGCGCGAGCGUGAGGGGCGCGAGCGGGAGGCGCGGGAGGGGCGCGAGCGCGAGCGGGAGCGGGAGGGGCGCGAGGGGCGCGGGGCGGGAGCGGCGCGCGCGCGCGACGACGGCGCCGCCGCGCUCGCCCUGGCGCCGCCUGUCGACGCACACCACGCGCGCAGAUAUAAUGAUAUGGCGCCAAAACACUGGGAGGAAGGACUGCCUCGGUACCACGGGCCUACUGAGUACGAGCGACCACCACCAUACUACUAUCCCGGACCAAAUGAUAGACAGUAAACUAGCGCUCACAGAACUCGACGACGACGUACUGAAGUACUAAGUCCAGUCCCCACAUCCACGCAACGUAUGUACAACACAAACUGACAAUCGUUCCCCAUAGAUAUAGUCUCAUAGUAUUUUUCCAUGUCAUAGAUGUAUUGAGUCAUUUAAAUAAUUAUCGGUCACAAUGAUACUAAUAUACUAUACGUUUCCACCAAUUUUUACUCUAAAGGUGUAAUGCUGUGUUCAUUCAACACUCCAUUGUACAGUUAUACCUCCUCAGACUUUGUAACGCAUUCCAUAAUGUGAUCUAUGUCAAAGAGCUUAGAGUUGAAAUUAGUGUAAUCAAUCUUAAAUUUUACCAAUCGGUAUUGCGUCUUGUGCAAGAUUGCUGAUUCGGAGUCCAUUGUAAACGCGCAUCGAAAUACAUAUUUUUCUAGGCUAAUUUUGACGUAUGCCAUCUCUAUCGAGUAACUGUUUAGUAAAAUAAUUGUAAGUAAAAGUUCAGGGACAGUUUAAAACGGUGAAAAUGUAUACGAAUUCUUACAAAAAUAAUUCAGACUUUUUCUAUUAAGUGACUUGAUUGAUAAAUAAAAACUAAAAGCUAAAUUUUGAUUGAUGAUAAUCCUCUGUAACAUUUCGCGAAUAUUUGCGAAGGUCGUUUUAACCUGUCCAAGGGCUAUAAUGGUAAAAUAAUUUGGUACUCUAUACUUGUAGUUGUAACGUGUAGGCGCGUAUAGUGGGAUGUCAUGUCGGGUGAAGAUGAUUCCAAUCAUAACUGCCAUAUUUCGACUGUCCUGUAUUUAUACAAUAUUAGCGGAUUUAUCGUUUUAAUGCGCGUGCCCUUUUGUAGACAGAUUUGUUAAACCAUUUUAAUUUGAACAAGUCUAAAAGUUUCCGCUGAAACAGCGAAGAAUUUUGCAAAGAACUGGCGUGCGAUUUUCCGGAUAAAUUGUAACAGAGAAAAUAAAUCUUCUUUUGGAUGUCUUUACAGACUCCGAUUUGAUAGUAGAAUAAAUUUAUAGGUUUUCCGAAAAAAAAAAAGGAAAAUGUAUGCAAAAGGGCGCGUCUAGCUCAAGAGUAUAUUGUGUGAUGUUGAAGACCCCCAGGGUCGUAUUGGCUUUAAGUUAGUCUGAAUGCUUUACGUGUUGGUAUCUCGCGGCUCUCCGCACAAAUAUGACUUUCAGAGGUUCUUUACUUAGCGUUGGAAAUUUUUUCUCUAGGUUAUUAGCGGGGUGCUUAUAAGAAACUAAAUUGUUUGUACGAUUUGUUGAUGGAUUGUGAAUCUUGUGUUUGACGUAUGAAUUUCUAGGUGCGGUUUAGAAGUAAAUAGGUCUUGUUUCUAAAAUAUGUUCUGAGUUUUAUGAGGUAUGACAAUAUGGUAGGGCAAAAUGAAAAUUGGAGUAUAUACCUGAUUUCUUAUAUGACCUAUAUUAAGAGUUUUUUUUUGGUGUAAGACGUCGUUUUCAAGGUUUCUUAUAAGCGCUUACAAAUAUUAAAAUUUUGUAGCCUUUUUUAAUGUCUUGCACUUUUUUGAGUGUGUUAAAAAGGGUAGUUCGAAGGAAAUGGAUCGGGUAAAGAAAUUUGUAAGUGAUGUUUAUUCUUUAUAUACACUUUUCUCGAAUAAUUAAAAUAUUAUUUUCAAAAUGGGUUAUUUUGGAAAUUACUCCCAUUCUGUUCAACGAUUAAAUUAAACACUAUUUGAUAAUAUUUCGAAAAGUUGUAUAAAGAGUGAAAUGAUAUAAAUCUUGGUGAACAUCACGGUAUCGAGAUUAGAAACGCAUUUAUUAUUAGGAUUAGUAGGUAUAACUAACUCUGUAAUGUAAAGUAUUAGGUGAGUAAUUGUAAGCAGGGAUGCUAUGUGGACGCCAUGCCAAACUUUAUAAAUUUAUUCAUAUUGUAAGUUAAAUGAAGAGUAAAUUUAGUUGGAAUUACUGACGAUAUAAUUUUCUGGUUAAGAAAUAGAUACGGGCUGCAAUAGUAGCGAGAUUAGUUAAGUGUAGAAGCCCCUUCAUUCCCAGUUGCAGUUUGAAACUUCCUUUGUAUGUCCUUCCAAAGACAAACUAGGCACUUGAAGACAUACGUAAGCCCUUUGUUAGUCACUUGUUUUGAACCUAGACUUGAAUUUAAUAGUAUUAAGCUUUCUAAAUAUAUUUGUGGACGCGUUUUACUCCCGACUCUAAUACUCGUUCGCGUCCACACUAUCUAUUGGUUAGUGCUAUAAACUGGCCAUUUAUAUCCUAUUUAGUUAUUAUUAAUCAAUUUGUAUUUUAUUUUAGGUUAUUUUCAUUAGUUGACGCGUAUGUUCAAAUUAUUAAAUGUGUCAUAUCUGUUAGUUAGGUUAUGUUGAGGGAAAUGCCAAAAAUGUUCUAAAUUUUAUUUUCGGCGUUGUUUUUUUUGUGAUUUUGGAAAACUUAGAUGUGGACAAUUCUAUUUCAAUAUUUGUUUUAUCACCUUGAAAUGUUGGAAGUAAUGGUUAAUACUGAUAAUGACUGAAAUUUAAUAAACGUUUCAUUUUUUACAGUAUUGAAUUAAAAAUCCUUUAUAUAGUACGCUGUAGAUCUCUAUGUGGUUGUAUCGUCUUUCCAGCUCAUUUAAAAGAAACUUCCAGAAAUUGUAUACUCUAUUGUGAAUUAAACCACUGCUCAAUAAUUCAUUCAAUGUUGGUGCUAUACGCAUCUGAGUAGGUUAUUUAGUUCGAAUUGUGGGCAAACGAGCGAAGUGCGGUCGAAACAUGUGGAUAUUAAUAAAGUAUAAAGAUGUCAUACGAUAUUAAAAAUCCUUAUCGGUUAGGAUAUGUAUGAAGCAUGUGAAGCUCGGAGAGGAAGUAAAGAUAACGGUGGAUAUGCAGAAGAGUAUUUAGUUGUAUCUUAUUUAGACCAAUCUUGAGGUGAUUGUGUAACGUUAUUGUUUAUGGUACGCAGAUGUAACCAAAAAGUUUUGUAUGUACGUCCCGUAAGGGCUGUGGUCCGCUGAGCCGGAGUGUAUUGAGAAUGUAAAAUAAAUUUGAUUAUCUCCAA